AUGUGUCAGAAGCAGUAUUUGAAGAAGGUACUACAACGUUUCGGGAUGAAUGAAAAUUCAAAACCGGUUAGUACACCUCUUGCUGCUCAUUUCAAACUUAGUGCUUCUAUGUCUCCUAAAAUUGGUGAAGAGAGUCAUUACAUGGCUCAAAUUCAAUAUGCAAGUGCUGUUAGUAGUUUGACGUAUGCUAUGGUGUGUACAAGGAUUGAUAUUUCACAAGCUGAUAAAGUUACUGGUCAAUGUGUUGUUGGAUAUGUGGAUUCUGAUUACGCAGGUGAUUUGGACAAGCGUAGGUCCACUAUAGGUUUUGUAUUCACUAUUGUUGGAGGUCCAGUGAGUUGGAGGUCGAUUUUACAAUCUACAGUUGCUUUGUCGACUACUGAGGCAGAAUACAUGGCAGUAACAGAAGCUAUUAAGGAAGCCAUCUGGCUUCAAGGGUUGCUUGAUGACUUAGGGAUUCAACAUGACCAUGUGGAUGUUCAUUACGACAGUCAGAAUGCUAUUUAUUUAGCAAAGAAUCAAAAGAUUGGGGCUGCCGACAAUCCUGCGGAUAUGUUAACAAAGGGAUUAGGAGAUGACCAUUGGAGUAUUACUACGAUGAUUUGGUGCAAUUUUGAGUCAAGGUGGAGAUUGUUGACUACUGACUCAAGAUUGCACCCACGUGCAAAGUUGAUGUCGGCUACUUAA